AUAACAGGUCCUCUUUAAUAUUGAAGUUGUUUUAUGACUUCUUUGUGAUAAAUCUGCAGUUCUUUUUGAGCCCAAGACAAUUUUCCCUCAGGGGGUAGAACAAAAUAUAUGAAAUCAAAAUGUCCUAUUAUAAUUUGUAUUUGAAUGUAUUAUAUACUGAACAGGACAAGUACAGCAGAAAUACUGUACAUGAAUCAACUCCUUAAAAUAGGCUACACAACUCACCUAACUUGAGAGCUAAAUCUCACAACAGUCCAUUGUAGUUUUCUUGUAUUGUGGCACUCAGUUAAGCUACAACUGUGGGGAUUAAAUGGAAGCACAUGAUGAUUCAAACCCCGUGAUUUCUCAGAGAGAGUCGGCUCGUGUAGACCCAAUCAUUUCCUCUCCCUUCUUCUUUUUCCUUCUUUCUCUUAGCCCACUUCAUCCUUCCUCUCUAAACUCUCCUCUCUCCCAGUGCGCCAUGGCAUCCCCCCGGCUGGAGACCUUCUGCUGCCCGAACAGAGACGCAGCGACGCAGUUCGUGGUCUCCUUCCAGCCGGUCCUGUUCGGGUCUCUGGGUCUGGGCAGCGCGGCUCUCAGUCUGCUGUUCGCUGUUUUACAGAUCCUGCCCAAACGGAAGGGCUACAGAAGACUGGGCCAGUACCCGCUGCCACGACCAGCCUCCUCCUCACGGAUCCUCUUCAUCAUCAGUAUCUGUGACAUACUGGGAUGCACAGGUAUCAUCGUAAGGUCAUCUGUCUGGCUGGGCCUGCCAAACAUCAUGGACCGCAUCUCGGUGGCCAACAGCACCGACGUCUGGCCCGAGGUCUUCUGUGUCGGCAGUGCGAUGUGGAUCCAGUUGUUUUUCAGCGCUUCUUUUUGGUGGACCUUUUGUUACGCCGUCGACGUCUUCCUGGUGGUGAAAACAUCCGCGGGAAUCAGCACCAUUAUCCUCUACCACAUGAUUACAUGGGGUCUGGCUGUGCUGCUGUGUGUCGAAGGAGUGGCCAUGCUCUACUACCCAUCCAUCUCUGAUUGUGAGCAAGGCCUCCAGCACGCCAUCCCCCACUACGUCACCACGUACGCGCCGAUGCUGCUCGUCCUCGUAGCCAACCCCAUCUUCUUUAACCGGACCAUAUCUGCAGUGACGUCUUUGCUAAAAGGACGACAAGGAAUCUACACGGAAAAUGAGAGACGUCUGGCUAAUGAGAUCAAAAUACGCUUCUUUAAAAUAAUGCUGGUGUUCUUUGUUUGCUGGGUUCCCAACAUCAUCAACGAGAGCCUCCUCUUCUACCUGGAGAUGCAGACGGACAUCGAUGACAACGGCUUCAGGAACAUCAGAAACGCAGCCCUCAUCACAUGGUUUAUCAUGGGCAUCCUGAACCCCAUGCAGGCUUUCCUCAACACCCUGGCCUUUCACGGCUGGACGGGCUUCGAUGUUGACUUCAGGCUGCGGCGGAGGAGGUCGCUGGCCUGGGACUCGGUUUCUACUUCAGUGCCUAACGCAGCAGGCAAUAAUCCCUUGGUGGGAACGACUCUGCUCUACCAGAGUCACGUCCAGGAAGCUAAGAAGAACAUGAUGAGCAACGGACACCACUCCGACGCCAUCAGCGUCCUCUCAGAAGGUUCAGACUCUAGUACAGUUGAAAUCCACAUUUCCAGCGAGCUACGAGACUAUGAGGAUGUAGACGCUGACGGAGAAUCCUUGGAGAACUCUGUGAGGCACUAGCCGGGGGGUGAUCGUCAACCCGCCUCCCUCUACUUUUCCUGUGUGACCUUGUUCUUUUAGCUACUUUUGUUUUUAGAUUUGUCUCCUCUUAGCCUCCAUUAUCCUGUUGCGAUUUCCCCCAGAUAUUAAAGGGACUGUUUGUAACUUUUUUAAGCGUAUAAAUGUACCGGGUCGGGGAAACAUGCGCGCUCGCGUGUGGCUGGAGUCUUUCCUCCGCUGCCUGCUUGCCUUCAC